CGUUUCUGAGUCUACUGCCCGGCUCCAAGAUGGCGGGGACCAGUCUUGUGGCAGGAGAUGUGGUUGUGGAUGCGUUACCUUAUUUUGACCAAGGAUAUGAUGCUGCGGGAGUGCGGGAGGCGGCAGCUGCACUGGUGGAAGAGGAAACCAGACGAUAUCGCCCAACCAAAAAUUACCUGAGUUAUUUACCUACUCCAGAUUACAGUGCGUUUGAGACAGAAAUAAUGAGGAAUGAGUUUGAGCGACUAUCUGCUCGCCAGCCUCUUGAACUUCUCAGCAUGAAGAGAUAUGAAUUGCCUGCUCCUUCUUCUGGCCAGAGGAAUGAUAUAACUGCAUGGCAGGAGUGUGUUAACAAUUCGAUGGCUCAGCUGGAGCAUCAGGCUGUUCGUAUAGAGAAUCUGGAAAUCAUGUCUCAGCAUGGCUGUAAUGCCUGGAGAGUCUAUAAUGAAAAUCUGGUUCGUAUGAUUGAAUCGGCACAAAAGGAUUUGCAGAAGUUAAGAAAACGUAUUCAGGACUUGAAUUGGCAGAGGAAAAACUCGCAGCUUACAUCUGGGGCCAAACUGAGAGAAAUGGAGUCAACGUGGGUAUCUCUUGUGAGUAAGAACUAUGAAAUUGAACGUGCAAUUGUGCAGCUGGAGAAUGAGAUCAAUCAGCUGAAGCAAAUGGAUGGCGAGAACAAAGAAAAUAUUGAGAAUUAUUAAGUUUGUGGACGACUGAUUCCUUUCCGCUUCACCCAUUCCUCCAGUUCUCCAAAAAUAUAUAAUCCCAUUGUAGAUUAAUGACUGCAUCUCAGUGUGCGUAUGUCUGUGCUACAGCUCUGUGUAAGUCAACCAAUUUCGCCCAGUCUUUCUAGUGAUGGUCAACCUUACAAACUCCUGAAAAUGUCCAUCUUUGGAGUUGUUGCAAUAGUGCUGUUUGUAGCUCAGCAUCAACAGGACACAAUAAUUGCUUUUUUUUUUUUUUUUUUUUGUUAGAAAACUUGAAUAAAAUUA